CGGGUCCGUCCCCGCCUAGGGUUUAUUACAGGGAAGUUUGAAUCAAACGUCUUUCAUUCUUCUAUUGAAGGGAGGGAAAAGCAACGCUGCUAUUGUCUCUUCGUUUCAUCGGAAAUGAGUGCAACCGUAAGCAAUUCGAUGGACGCUAUAAUCUCUUCUCUCUUAAACAGCUUUAAACAAGUCCCUUUGGCAGCUAUCCCAGCAAUGCUUGAUUGCAUUUUGACGUCCACAGGCUUAUCUCCAUCUUCGCUUUUUGCUUCCCUUCUUGAUACCUUCCCUAACAUCAACAAGGAUCUUAUCAAGGAUGACUGGAAGUUGGAUUCUGGUCAAUAUAACUAUCUUUUGUCAAUGCUGGGAGCACUUUGUCAUCUUCUGAAGAAGCUUGGGAUUAAUCCUAACACCAUUCAUUCAUUUAUCUGGAAAUGUUUUAUUCCAUUGAUGAAGAUGGCUCAUGCAUUUGAACGUGAGAUGCUUAACCAGAUUGCAGAGUCAUUCUUUGAUGUUGUGAGCUCGACAAAUUCCUGGGGUGUUUUAGAAGCAACUUUGGUGCCUUUUUUUCUGAGAUCAUCAGGUCUUUCUAUGGGUAUGCUUCAAAAUGAAGAAUCAGAUAUCUUUGAAUGGGACCAGGAUUCAGUUAUGCAGGGUUUAAAUGGCAUGAUAGAUGAUUUGCAUCUGGAUAAAGAGUCCAUACUGUCCCUAUCUCAGUCUUUUCCACUGUCCACAUCAUGCAAUGUCUUAGCCUUAAUACUGGAUUCUGCUCUACGAAGUUUCCAGGCUGCUACAAAUACAGAAUCAGUGUUGGAAAAUGGGUCUUGUUACGCAGAAAAGCUAUUUAGUAAAUUGCUCUGGGAUCUAUGUAAUAUGAGUGAGCGAUUGUUUUCACAAAGUUUCGAACACCGGUCCUGUGCUAUUGGCUUUCUUCUUCCAAUUCUUUUCAAAGCUUUUGCUUGUCAUCCCUCUUUGGAAAUCUCAGUUCAUGGGAGGACAUGUGUUCUUUCUAGAAACCUCUUCUCCAGGAAUAUAUGGAAGUGCUGCAGAUCACUAUUUUCUCUUGGACCUUUAGAGAGAAGAGAUGCCUAUGGUGCACUUUCUCUAUGCUUGUCCUUUUCCUCUUGUAUGGAACAAUGUGAAAAGGCUGAUGCAAGUGUUCGAGCAGAAGAAUUUGACAUGAGAGCUGAAAAAGAGUUUUGGGAUGAAAUAAAAAGAGGCCUGGUUAAUGAGGAAAGCAUAGUGAGGAAGCAAUCAUUAUAUAUAUUGAAAAGCAUACUGCAAAUAAGUGGGGAAAGCCAGAGCAACUCUUCUGUAUCAGAGAAGAAAUCAGGAGAGAAACAUGCAGUUCCUCCUGGAAUGACAAAGAGAGCAAUGUGGGCUGACAAGGAAGCUAAAUCACUGGGUGUAGGGAAACUCAGUGGUUUGGUUGAUUCUCCUUUAGACAGUCAGCAACAAUGGGAGGCAUUUAUACUCCUAUAUGAAAUGCUUGAAGAGUAUGGUACUCAUUUGGUAGAAGCUGCUUGGGAUCAUCAGAUAACCUUGUUGCUUCAGUUUUCAGUUUCAAGUGAUAAUUUUGCUAGCUCUAUUUGUGAAGGAGUUUGUCAAAAUCAGAUUGAAACUUCAGGUGAAUUGUUCAGUUGGUUAACAAUUUUAUGGCAAUUGGGUCUUCACCAUGAUAAUCCCCAAGUUAGGUGCUUGAUCAUGCAAUCAUUUUUAGGCAUUGAAUGGAUGAAGUACGGUGACACUGCAAAAUCAGUGCCAGAAAGUUUUAUUCUUGGUCCAUUACUUGAAGGAUUAAAUGACCCUGUGCACCACAAAGAUUUUGGUGUAAAGGGAGUUUACACUUCAAGGACUAUUGAAGGUGCAGCCACUUUUUUGUUUCAAUAUACAAGAUACCUAAAUGUGAGGAAAGGAAUUGUCUUUUUGUAUAGUUUAGCAUCGGCUGCUAAACAUACGUCUUUUGGUAGAGCUGGAUUAAUGGCCCUUGCUGAAUGUAUUGCUUCAGCUGCUCGUGGAGUAGGAACACGUGAUGACAAUAAAGCUGAAUGGAGUGAAGAUGCUUUUCCUCAUGAAGUACAGCUGGAAUCUUCUUCAAAAAGUUUUAAUGACGUUGAUAAAACGAACUUACUAGAUGUUUUGAGAUUUGUCAUUGAGAACAGCAAACAGCAUUUCAACCCUAAUUAUCGUCUUCGAGUUUGUGAGAUAGUCCUGGAGGCUGUUGUUUCAGUUGUUAGUACAUUUGAUGUGCCUCUUGAGAUUCUCUUGCACUUUGUUUCAACGGUGCCACGAGAAUUUACUGAUCAUGGGGGUUCCUUAAGAUUAAAAAUGCAAGAAUGGCUUUUGGGGGCUGAUAAGAAACAGUACAGUUCACAAUCGCAUAACUGCAGCACCAAGAUUCAGCUUCUGAAAAGUCUUCAGGAAUUCCCAGAAAAGUUUACGAGUUCUCAAUUCUUAGUAGAUGCUUUCAUUUGUUUUGAUGAUGAAGACUUAGAUGCAUGGGAAUCUGAAGUGAAAAGAUGGGCAAGAGUGCUUUUUCUUGUAAUCAAGGAGGAAAAUCAUUUAGUUCCUAUAUUCACGUUUAUUCACAGUUGUGGAAUUAACAUCUGCAAACAGUACAAUCGUGAUGGUUGGAUGCCUGUGAAGUUUCUUGUCCUUGUCAUUAACCUCGUUGUAGAGAUUCAAAUGAUGCGGGAGAUAACACUUGAACGUCGUAUCAGAAUUAGAUCUCAAUCAGAAAAUAGCCGGCUUGAGACUGUAGAUCAGUUGGGUUAUGCAGAAGCCUCUUUAGUUUGCAGAAAAUUUUCUGAUCUCUUUCUGUCGAUACUUGAGGAGCUGGUCUCUUUUGCUAGUAUGUCUUCUUCUGUUUUCUGGAAAAGUAUUGUGAAUGACACAAAUUUGCCAAGUUCUGUGAGAGGAAAACUUGGAGGCCCUAGUCAACGUCGGCUGUCAUCUUCCACCACUACUGCUGUGCUGGAAGCUAUAACAUCAAUUCGAGCAGUUGCAUCUAUCACAUCAUGGUGUGCACGGUUUAAUAGUGAUGUUCAGCUCAAGUUUGCUUGUACUUUUAUGUGGAAAUUCUUUUGGAAGACUGUUUCAUCUUCAAAUUCUGAUUCUGAGAGUGGAGCAGAAGUUUGUGUAGCAGCAUAUGAAACAUUAGCUCCCAUUCUCAGAGCACUAGUUUCCACAUUCUCUCCUCUAGCUUUGGAUCUUAUUAGGGAAAAUGAUAAAUCAUCACUGUCUGCAGAAGGCAAGGCUUGGUUAGAUCCCUUGGUUCUUUCUUUUCUUCAAAAUAUCAAUAAUCUUCUUGCAGUUGGAGUGCUGGUGCGUACAAGAAGGGCAGUUUUGCUGAAUUGGAAGUGGCUUUGCCUGGAGUCUCUGCUGUCAAUCCCUUGCUAUGCUCUUGAGAAUGGGCUUCUUUUAGAGAAUAAUAUAUCAUUCUUCUCAGAAGCGGCAAUCAGAUGCGUUUUUAGUGAUCUUGUUGAGAGCAGUGGUGAAGGCGAGACAAGAAGACGCCACUUUUGAUGGCGAAGACGAAGAAGGCAACUUAAGACGAAGAUUUGACAAGCAGUGGCGAGCGACAUGCAAGUAGUGGGGAAGAUGGCAACGACAAGACAAGAUCUGGCAAGGCAGGGAGAUGUUGAGAUGGAAAGAAGAUUUGGCAAGGGAGAUGAUGAGAUGGUGAGACGAAGAUUUGGCAAGAGAGAGGAGACGAUUCGAUGAAGAAGAGGAAUGAUAUGAGCUGGGGCAGAGCUGUUUUAGACUUUGUUUAUGUUAUAAGUCUCUAGGGCUCUGGGUUGAGGGCAUACGGUCUUCCUGGAGAGAAUAAAUGAUAUUGGGCUGAGGGAAUAUGGGCUUCUUGUAGAGAAUAAGUAAUAUCAGUUCGGUUUGGUUUUUAGUCGGUUUUUCAUUAAAAUAACCGUAUCGAACCAUAAAACCGAAGUUUAUAGAAAAUACAAACCAAAUUGAAUUGUAUAAACUGAAAAAUUAAACUAAUUUGGUUAGGUUCAGUU